AUGGAGCAACUAGAGUUUAUCUACAGAAAUUCGUGGGAACAUUCCGUCUAUACAUCCUUCUUUAUGAUCGAAUAUAUUCUUGAAGUAUUGCACAGAAGCUGGGCAGAUUUUUUAGUCAAUCCACAUAUUGACUACAUGCAGGCCAAGGCAGAACUAGAAAAACGACCACCUUCAGAUCUUACUCAGCUAUGGCAACACGGUGAUGGACUCUGCACCUCACUCGCCGUCUUUGUUGCAAACAACAUUGAUGCCAAUUUCUCCUUUCAGGACCUGCAAGGUUACCAUCGAGCUGCAUUAAGCCCGGACGGCCUGAUUAUUGACUCAAUGGCUCGUAAGCUUUUAUCUGGAACCGAGGGCCAAGUGUUAUCUGGAUAUAAAGGAAAGUGGAAGUUUCUGAAAUCUCCAACCCUUACGCUAAGUUUCAAAUCCAACAAUCAAGCUACCUUUGACGAUUUUAGCCCACUACAAAAUCGCGAGGAAGCAAUAGUCCGAUGUCUGCUCCAGCUUACGUCUAAAAAAGACUUCAUCUGUAUGUUUCGAACGAUAUCUUCAUCCAAACUCCGUUUUAAUGGACGAAUAUGUUUUAAUGUUUCAACUCGUGUAAUAAACUGGAGUCGUCUGGUAUCAAAUGAGUGGGUUGAAUCGAAGGCAACCUUCAAUGGCAUGGGAACUGCGGCAUCCAAUCUCGAUUGUCGAGAAUCACUCUUGCAUUUUGGAGUGACUGACGGAAGAAGAGAACAAUACGAACGUGUAUCUGGCGUCAUAGAACGUUUGUGGGACGCUUUACUUCAAACGUUUGGGUUUCCGGAGCUCAAGUGA